CCCGGGCCGCAACCACGAUGGCUACCCCACACCACCAAAUUCACAUCCAAACCACCCCAAAUGACCACCUUAACCAUGGCAGUCUCACUGACGGAUCACGCCCACAUCACAACACCAAAUACAACGCGCACCAUGUUCAAGAUAGUCUAACCACUCGUGUCACAAAGCUAAUAUGCGCGGUUUUUCUUAGCAUUUUGUUCACCGUUGGGCUAGUAACGUUCAUUUUAUGGCUCGGUUUACGCCCUCAUCGUCCUAGAUUCCAUAUACAACAGUUUUCCUUUCCUAGUUUGGCCGAACCAAACGGGUUUUCAACUGCCCAACUAACAUUUAACGUGACUGCACGAAACCCAAAUAUUGAAAUAGGGAUCUACUACGACACAGUGAAUUUAACCUUGUACUAUCGGGAUCAAGUUAUUGCGCAAACGCCAUUAUUGUUUCCAUUCUACCAAUCACCUAAGAACACAGCAAUCAUCUAUGGUACAUUGUCCAGACCCCAACUGAAGAUCGAUAAUGCCCGUUGGACGCAGUUUUUGGCUGCCCGAAAACAAGGGGCAGUGCCGUUUAGGCUUGACAUGGCGUCGUCUAUCCGGUUUAAGGUGUCCACGUGGGACAGCAGGCGCCACAAAAUGCAUGCCAAUUGUGAAAUUGGGGUUGGGCCAAAUGGGAUGUUACUAGCUAGUGAUAAAGGAAAGAAAUGUCCGGUUUAUUUCACUUAAUGAAGUUACCUUUCUUCUUUUCUGUAUGUAAUUAGCGCAUGAAUAAUAAAUAGUACCUUUAUCAA